CUUAGUUAGGGCUGCUAGACGUGAGGUCUGUGUCAGUGGUGUGGCAUGCAUGAAUGAUGAUGAAGCUAGUUAGGCCUAUAAAAGUGCGUUCUUGCAACAGCUGCCAAAGCCCAAGUCACUGUUAAAGGGUUGGAUAGUCACAAUGAUCAAUAAUGAAUUUUUCUGAACUCUUUAAACAGACCAAUCAACUGUGUAAAUUUUCGCCUAAUGGAGAGUAUUUGGCAAACUGUGUGCAGUAUCGUCUAAUUAUUAGAGAUGUGAAAACACUGCAGAUUAUUCAACUAUACACCUGCCUCGAUGGCAUCCAGUAUAUUGAGUGGUCGUCUGAUUCUAAGUUUGUACUAUGUGGUAUGUACAAGAGGGGAAUAGUACAAGUAUGGUCGCUUGACCAGAGUGAGUGGACUUGCAAGAUAGAUGAAGGGUCAGCAGGACUUGUAGCAGUGAGAUGGAGUCCAGAUGGACGACACAUAUUGACGACAGCCGAUUUCCACCUGCGAAUUACUGUUUGGUCAUUGGUCAACAAGUCAGUGUCUUACAUUAAGUACCCAAAAGACACAAAGCAAGGUAUUGAUUUUAGUAGAGAUGGCAAGUACAUGGCGUUGGCAGAGCGUAGGGAUGGCCAGGACUUCAUUAGCAUAUUCGCAGCAAACACCUGGCAUCUUGUAAAGCAUUUUGAGUCUAAUACACGAGAUUUGCAGGGAGUUGAGUGGUCACCUGAUGGACGAGUUUUGUGUGUAUGGGAUUCAAUUUUAGAGUAUAAGGUGUUGCUUUAUUCGGUUGAUGGUCGUUGUAUCGCAACAUACAGUGCAUAUGAACAUGCGCUGGGAAUCAAGUGCAUUGCAUGGUCUCCAUCCAGCCAAUUCCUAGCGAUUGGGAGCUUUGAUCAGAUAGUCAGAGUUUUAAAUCACAUUACAUGGAAAACUGUCGCAGAGCACAACCAUGUGCCCAUCCUGGACAACACUUCUGUAGUCACAUACAGAGAGGUCGAAAAGCGGCCAAAGGUUAUGAAGCCAGACAGAACUUGGCCUCCCAUGUCCAGCAUGUUUAGUGUCCAAAGCAAAUAUGAAAUACAAGAUAAUCCCGUCCAAAUCCCAGUUGUGAAGCCUGAUCCAGAUAAGCCUAAUCCAAAGAUUGGUGUCAGCAUGGUGUCCUUCAGCCCGGACAAUAAAUACAUGGCCUCAAAAAAUGAAAACAUGCCAAAUGCUUUGUGGAUAUGGGAUGUUCAGAAGCUCACACAGGUUGUUCUUAUGUUACAAGUAAAUAGUAUAAGAUGCCUCCAAUGGGACCCACAUCAACCAAGGUUAGCUAUGAGUACAGGAAACAAUAAGAUGUACAUGUGGUCCCCAGCAGGUUGUGUGUCAGUUGAAGUGCCAACAGAAGCUUCAUUCCAAGUGAAUAGUUUGCAGUGGAGUCUCGAUGGCGCUGCCAUAUUGUUGAUGGGCAAAGACCGCAUGUGUGUCUGCUUCCUCGCUGAUCCCGACACCUGAUGCAGUUGCAGCAGCCUUUGUGAUCUCGCUUCCUGAUGCUUUCUGACCAUCAUAGAGUGGAAGGGGGCUUGGAUUUGAAGUAAUAUUCGCUUUGUAUGGGUUCCAACUUAAGAAUGCUUGCUGUGGAAACUAUAAGAAUGGCUAGUAUUCCUGUUUAGGUAUUAAAUAAAAAUUAAUUAAAACUUACACAAAAAUAUGUUUCCUUCAUUACAAAUAUGCACGUUCAAAUCAAUAAGAGAAAAAUUCUUUAUGAUUUACAAAGCAAGUGUCAAAACCUACUAUGACUUUUCAGGGCAAACACUAUGCUAUUAUUAUUAUUAUUGUUGCCUUUUUAAUUUUUUUUUUUUUUUUUUUUUUGUGGGCAAGUGUUUUUGACUUGUCUUCAAUUGGCUAUAAAAGUAUAGUCUCAUAUGCCCACCUUGUUAUGUAUUUUGGUUUGUUAGUUUUUUUUUUUGUGUUUCUUUGUUUAUAUUUUAUUUUAGGGAAAGUUAGAUUUGGGUUUUUUGCCUUUCCUCAAUUUCAAGUUACUGUGAGGGUAGACACUCAUAUCACAGCCUACAUUUACCCAUAUCCUUGAUCAAUGUCCAUUUGAAAGUUUAAUAGUACCUUUAGAACUUGAUAUUUUAAGUAUAAGUUUUUAUUUAGAAUUGUUAUAGAGUCAUACACUUAUGAUCUAUAUGGACUGUGUUUUGUUAAAUAUGGUUACGUAAAAGAAAUUCUCUCUUCAUAUAGUUAGAUUAUUUUGAUAUGAUAAUAUUUUGUACAUUAAGCUCUGCAAAAUGGCGGAUUUGGUAAUAAGAUAACUCUAUAUGAAAAAGAAAUGUUGUAGUAUUUGAUAUUGAUGUUUGCAGUGACAACAGUGAUUCUAAAUGACAAUUUAUGGGUUUCAAAGGCUUAUUUAAUCGAUUUUAAUUAAAUACAUAUAAUUUAUUGUUUCCCCAUAUGAAUUAUGGUUUUCCUUCUCGACAACGGGCGGGGGAGAGGGAGGGGAAGCUCUCAGUGAUGUGGGGCCAUGGUCCUCUCCCAACUGGCGUCACCCCUGUUGUUGAUAGAGGUUCCAAGGUCUCCGAUGAGAAGUCCAAGACCCGAGACAUAAGCUCCACACCAACCUCAACCCCACUACGGUUGGAGCUUUUUCAAAACACUGUUGGGCUAUUGGGAAGGUGGGGGGGGGGGGGUGGUCCUUUAUAUGGCAAAGGAUAGAGAAAACUCUCUAGUUGAUAAAUACACAAUACUUAUCGGGGAGCGUAAACAGUAAACUGUCUGCCAAACACUUGGAAAAUCCAAGGAAGCUAGAAAAAGAAGAUAGAAAAUGUCAUGGCGAAAUGGUUAAAUUGCUCAAAAAAUUGCCUAAAAAUCCAAAUUUGUUUUUCACUAUAGAUCAACGGUUUAUUGUCUUAUCAAUCAUGUACCAAAGUAUUAGUUCUGGAAGUGGUCAACAAACUGUUUAUUUGAUGUUAUAUUGAUAGUUCAUUCGAAUUAACAAUGUAUGCACAAAUAACUUUGAAAGGCAAUUACAAUACUCAAAAUCAUGUUUAUCCUGAUGCUAAGAGUACUGUACUUUCACUUUCCAAUAACUUAGGCUUGAAAUGUCCAAU